AUCAACGAAUUUCCGAAACCACAGAAUAUUUAAAUUUACUUGAAGAAAAAAAAAUUUUUUUAAUAGAUGACAAUGAUUAUGAUAAUUUAAAAUGGUUUUCAAAUGAUAAAAAAACCUGUUAUAGUGACCUCAUAAAUAUUAUGACUGGUUAUCAAUGGGAUCACCCAUUAAGUAAUUCAUUAAUUGAAAAAAAGACUAAAGAUAUACUAUGCAAAUCAAAUGAAAAUAAUUCAGACAAAAAAAUAUUGGAAAAUAAUGAAUAUUAUCAACAGCAACUGGAACAAAAUUAUACAAGUGAAGUUGUGAUCAAAUUUCUAAAAUUAAUUAAUAAAGUUUCAAAUAUUGUAAAUGUUUCAACGACCAUGGGUGAAGUGACAAUUGUAGGUUCAUCAAAACGAAAAAAAGAUAAUUAUAACCCAAAUGAGCUCAAUUCUACAAAAUCCAAAACAGGAAGAAGGGCUGAUGUGACAAUUAGUAGUGAAAAAUGUCUGCCCGAGUUUUUUGACUUGUUAAUGUGUGAAGUAGUUGGGAUUCCUGACUUUACUGACAAUACAAAAUAUAAAAAAGAUAAAAUUAAGGGCAAGAGAAUGGCAAUAGACACCAUUAACUUUAUAAUUGAAUUAUUUGUAAAAGAUCAUCAUAGAAUUUUGAGCUACGAAGAU